GUACGAAUAAUACUAAUCUUUCUACUUUGUUUUUAUCCUUGGAGCAUCUAUAUAUAUUGACUUCCCCUGCCUCUCCCUCUCAAUGUCAAGCGUCACUAGAGAAAAUCCCUGGAUUUUACUACAUACACUCUAGUUAACUCGUUCUCAGGAAUUGGUAGUUAAAUACCCGCAAGGGGGCGAGCGAGAGAUUAAAAGAAGGAGAAAUGGCUGGGGUUCUUGUUUAUGUUCUCAUUUUUCUUCUUAGCCUGCUCUCGUGUAUCACCAAAAGAAGAGGCAAGAAAGAACUCUAUAAAGGAGUUAAGCUUACUCCAGGUUCAACGGGUUGGCCUUACAUUGGAGAGACUCUUCAACUCUACUCUCAAGACCCAAAUGUAUUCUUUGCAGAGAAACAGAAGAGGUAUGGAGAAAUCUUCAAGACCCAUAUUCUUGGUUGCCCUUGUGUCAUGUUGGCCAGCGCUGAGGCAGCUCGGUUUGUGUUAACCCAGGCUCACUUGUUCAAGCCAACGUAUCCCAAAAGCAAGGAACAUCUAAUCGGCCCAUCAGCUCUCUUUUUCCACCAAGGAGAUUACCAUAUGCGUCUAAGGAAGCUGGUUCAGGGCUCCUUGUCUUUGGAUGCACUUCGAAACUUGGUUGUUGAUAUUUCAGCCAUAGCAGCCUCCACCUUAGACUCAUGGAAUGGCGGGCAUGUUAUUGAUACAUUUCAGGAAAUGAAAAAGUUUUCUUUCGAGGUUGGUAUUCUGGCAAUUUUUGGGCAUUUGGAGUCCCAUUAUAGAGAAGAAUUAAAAAAGAACUACAGGAUAGUGGAUAAAGGCUACAAUUCCUUUCCAACAAGCAUUCCGGGAACUUCUUACAAAAAGGCACUGACGGCAAGAAAGACGCUGAGCAAGAUUCUCAGUGACAUUAUCAGCGAAAGAAAGGAGAAGAGAUUACUAGAAAAGGAUCUUCUGGGUUGUCUGCUGAACUCAAAGGAUGAUAAAGGACAGGUCCUAACCGAUGACCAAAUUGCCGAUAACAUUAUCGGAGUGCUUUUUGCAGCUCAGGACACCACGGCCAGUGCCUUGACAUGGAUUGUGAAAUACCUCCAUGACAACCCGAAACUUCUAGAGGCUGUAAAGACUGAACAGAAGGCAAUUUAUAAAAUGAAUGUUGAAGGUAAUCAGCCAUUGAGUUGGAGUCAAACUAGAAACAUGCCCUUAACUCAGAAGGUUGUUUUAGAGAGCCUAAGAAUGGCAAGCAUUAUAUCUUUUACCUUUAGAGAAGCAGUGGCUGAUGUGGAAUACAAGGGGUACCUGAUUCCCAAAGGUUGGAAGGUGAUGCCUUUGUUCAGGAACAUUCAUCACAAUCCAGAAUAUUUUAGUGAUCCUGAAAAAUUUGAUCCCUCAAGAUUUGAGGUUGCGCCAAAACCCAAUACAUUUAUGCCAUUUGGGAGUGGAGUUCAUGCUUGCCCUGGAAAUGAGCUUUCGAAGCUGGAGAUGCUUAUCAUCAUCCACCAACUGGUCUCCAAGUUCAGGUGGGAAGUGGUAGGAUCUCAAAAUGGGAUUCAGUAUGGUCCAUUUCCAGUGCCAUUGCAUGGACUUCCAGCCAGAUUUUGGAAGGAAUCCACCAUUUAGCAAGGAUACUCAAGAUAAUAAGCAGAGAUACGCCAUGCCAUAUCACCUCCUUUUAACAAAUAUAAUUGUAUUUCUUUUCUGCUAAGCAUUUUUCAUUUUAGCUCCUUAAGGCCAAGCCAUCCCCAUUCAAAACUCACAUGGGGAUGCCAAGAUUUUUAUUUUUUCUCUUUGUACCCUCCAUUUUUAUCUUAUCCCAUCACGAUUCAACCCCUUCUUUAUUUUGUAUCAUUGAUCUAUGAUAUGUAAUAAUUUCAAAGGAUUCUAAUGCAGCAAGAAUUAAUCAAUA